AAAAAGGUGAACGACAAACUACAAGAAAUGCGCGAAAGCGGUAUUAUCGAAAGAGCUGAUGGCGCAACUACAUGGCUUUCUCCACUAAUUGCCAUCCCGAAAAAACCCGGUGAUGUCCGACUCGUCCUGGACAUGCGUGUGCCCAACAUCGCCCUCCUAAGACGUCGAGUCCAAAUACCCACUGUGGAUGAAAUCUUACGCCAGAUGGAAGGUGCCAAAUUCUUUACCGAAGUAGACCUAUCUCCAACUUUCCCUUUCCGAAGAAUUACG